CAGAGGCGGUUACAAUAAAAAGGAAUAAAAUGCCACUUCUACACUUCCACAAAACGACAUCGGAAAUAUUCAUGGGAAAGGGAACGCGGGUUGUUCUUUCGGAUCAUACUCAGCCACAAUGAAUGCCAGUUUGGUUGAUUCUUUUGCUAUUUGUAUUGACCCUCUCUUUCUCCCGCUUUACUGGUUCGAGUCUUUGGACGUUCCAUCUCCAAAUCCCUCAUCAAUCUCCCUCACCCCCUUUCUCAACGGUCCGCCCUCUUUCCCCCUGUCCACGCCCUCCGUCGGCUGCAAAUUACGGUGCUCCUUCAUCUACCUCUGCGUUCGCGUCUUGCCCUACGGAUCGCGUCGACGCUCCAUCUCAGAUAAAGAGUAUGAGCUUCCGGAAAAGGCAGAUUGGGUAUUUUUUGGAGUUCUUUGACUACCCUGAUGAAAAGACAAGAUGGACUAAACUAUACCAAAAGCCCCUUCAACAACCUGACCAAGCACUUGAAGAAGGCAAAUUGGAGCUUAUGGUGCGACCUCCAUUUCCUCCCUUCUUCCGGAAAAGUCAACCGCCCAAGUUUUGCCCAACAUCAGAUGUGAUAGCAAUUACAAAUGAUACUUGGAAAGUUGGUGAUUUGGUUGAUUGGUGGUAUGAUAGUUGUUAUUGGUCAGGAAGAGUAAGCGAAUUGCUCAAGGAUGAUCACAUAAAGAUAGAUUUGCCAAAGCCUCCAAUUGGUGAAGGAAAUUUUUAUAUUGCUCAUUGCAAGGACUUGCGUCCAUCACUGGAUUGGACUCCAGAAAAUGGCUGGAUGCUUCCUGUGCAAAAGGAACAUGGCAAUUUUGACAGUUGUGCCAUUCUGAUUCAUCGGAAUAGUUAUGAAACCAUCAAUACAAGGAUGAGCAUGCCUUGCGAUAGUUCCCUGGAAGGAAAACCAAAUUGCUCGUAUACUGCUACCGAAGAGCUCAGCAAUACAUCAAGUGUACCAACAGAAGCAUCAUAUACAGACGAUCAAGCUAGUGCCACGGAUUCAGUCAGGAAGAUUCAUAUUAGUGGGAGUGACCGUGUGAUUUCAACAAAAGAUGAUGUCAGCAUAGGGAGAAAACAACCAUCUGCAAGGGAUCAUUUGAAUUCUCUUGGGAAGAUAUGGAUUGAUGAAACGAAUUAUACGGCUUCUUUAAAGCAUCCACCUGACAGCAUAGAGUCAUCCAUCAUUCAGCUAGAGGUACUCGCACAGAAGAUCAAAUGGCUUAAAGGUCUACAGAAGUUUCGGUUUCAAUGGUCAAGUGCAACCAAAUCAUCAUGGAAAUUUGUGGAGAAUAAUACCUUUUUGAAAUAGAGAUGACAAUUGGACAAUUUUGGAUCCAUUUGUCGAACAUUUCAAUACUUUUUCUUUUUCCCCAGUUUCAUUUUUUGGAUAAUUUGUGCUGAAGCAUUCAGGUAGUGUCGGGAACUGAUUGCUAGAACCCUGAUUGGUUAGGGGAAUGAUAUUUUUUAUUCUUAAAUUUUCUGCGGAAUCAAGUUUCUUUUUAAAAACAGAAUUUGAAAUUUUGAACGCUCAUUUUCAA